UCAGAUAUCAAUGAAUGCUACAGCAAUCCAUGCUUGAAUGGUGGGACGUGCGUCGAUGGCGUGAACUCGUUUCACUGCAAUUGCAUUGCUUACUUUAUUGGAGCACGCUGCGAGACGAUAGGUUGGUUUGCUUUUCGUAACGUUGCUACAAAAACAUCUGUUUUAGAGAAGAGAAGUGAUGACGUCACAAAAACGAAAUAUGUGACAUUAAGGGUAUAGUUUGUAUAUCCACAAAGAAUAAGAUGAAAAAUGUUCACUUGUCCAAAAAUCAGCCUGUUCGCUUGUUGAUUCAAAUUUGUGAGGAGAUAUAGGCAACGUUAUGCUCCGAUGACUCCAUAUAAAUCCCUCUAAUAUAGGACUGGAUCGUUAACGAUAAGAUCCAAUCCAGUUUUAGAAGGAUUUGUACGCAGUCAUCAUAGCAUAGCAGUACUUAUAUCUACCAACCCAUUUGCACUAACAGGCUGAUUUAUGGCAAGGGGGGCUUUUUUCAUCUUGUUCUUUCUGAAUAUGCUAACCAAUCCCCAAAUUUCACAAAUUUAAAAUUUUUCUGACGCCACACCUUCCUUCUCUAUUUACUGGCCAUUCUUGAGAACAAGACUGGGUUGGUGUUGUGUUCAACCGCAUCAUGGGGGUACGAGUCUUUUACAUGUUUCGUGUGCAAUAAUGAUGAAAGAAGCGAUAUAGCGUCAUCAAAGCAGUCCCAGAGUGCAGUUUGACACACCAACCUAGUCUCCUGCAGAAGAGCCAAUACUCUCCCCGUGCUCUCGGUAAGGUCCGUCGUGCGAAAGAAAUCAAUGAAUAAUGGCUUAACUUGGGAUCAAAAUUACUAGUUAUCAUAUGACGGUCACCCAUGUUCAUGGGAGUGAAAAGCUGAAUUACAAACUGUUGCGUCAUUUUUGGAGGACCAUGCGGAUACAUACAGUAUAAGCAAAAGCUCAACCUCGUGUCCCUCUUUUCCUCGUGUCCUAGUCUCCUAGAGCGGGGAAGAAAGGGGAAGGGGGGGGGGGGGCAAACAAAGGCCUUACCAAAAGAGUUGUGUCGAGGGGAUUAGGAGCUUUGUUCACCCACAAAUUAAAACAUUUCUUCUCCCCCAUCCAGUAAACGGGGGGGAUACACUGCCAAACCCGGACUUUUUCCCGCCUUCACUUUCUCGCCCAUUGUUGAGGGGAGAAAAAGCUGAAAAUAAAACUUGUUGGGUAUUUUUGGGGGGCCCGGGGAAUACAUCCAGAAAAAACAAAAACCCAACCCCGGUCCCCCUUUUUCCCCGUGUCCGUGCCUCCGAGAGGGGGGAAAAAAGGGGGGGGGGGGGGGGGGGGGCAAACUAGAGACCUUACGAAAGAGUUUGUGAUUCAGGAUUUAGUCAGUUAUUUCACCUACAAAUUAAACAUUUUCUCAUCCCCAUUCACGAUAACGGGUGGGAUAGCUUGCGAACCCAGACAUAUUUCCAGUCGUCACUUCUCUUCAUCCUAAAAGUAAACUGGGUAGGGAGAAACGCCCCACAACUGAAAAUACGUCUGGGUUCGCAGGCUAGGGGUAGUACUUAUAUUUGGCGCUUCAUACUGGAGGCUUAUUACAGACUGGGCUGAAUAAAGGAAACACGGUGCUUUUUUUAUUCUCUAGAUGUUCCAGAUCCAAUCGCCCUUUAUCCGUUAAACGCUGCGUACACUUCAAGCGACAUGAUGGGAAAUCAGCCAGCUGGAACUACCUCAAAUGUACAGUACGCAGAAGGACCUGAUGGGACCUCUCAAGGCUCGUACCAGUUCUGGGGAGUUUCUAACAGCUACAUUGAACUACCAAAUAAUGGAGGCUUAGAUACGCAGUAUUCCAUGACAAUGUGUAUGUGGGUAUUUCCAGAAGAUCAAGAUGGUCCUCUAUUUAACUACAGACCGUCGGGAAGUUGGGCAACGCACUUGUUUUUAGCUGGAGAUGGAAAGUUUUUUUGUCGUUUUACCAAGAGAAAUGAUGUUAUGAUGGACUCUUUGGUCAGCCCGUCAGCUCUUAACACGGGCCAAUGGUCGUAUGUGGGCUGCUCGUAUGAUUACAGCACUGGUUUAGCUAGGGCCUGGGUUGGCGAGACAGAGGUUCGCACGAGGUAUCUUGAAAUAACGUCUUUGAGUACCGCUUAUAAUGUAAGACUCGGAGUGAAAAUUGACGACAGCCGAUACUUUAGGGGACGAAUCGCAAGGGUGCAAGUUUACAACAUAGCUCUUAAUUUGGGUCAAUUUACAGCUGUAAAGUUCAGAGGGGCAAGUUAA